CGUGGCUGGCCGUCGCCCGUGCCGGCCGUGCGCAGCGCCCGCUCGCCCUGUGGUACUUGUCGAGGAAUCCCCAGCCCUCCCUGCACUUGAGCACCUUGCCCGGCGGUAGCGGGACGGCCCUCAGCACCGACGCGUCCUGGAAGGGGUCGCAGGUGAGGAGGCACUAGGAGAGGUCGACCCACCAGAGCCUCCCAUAGUAGGAGACGACGCCGUUGGGGGCCAGCAUCCGGAAAGGCAGCGGGAUGUGGAUGCCCUUGCCGACCCACUCUCCAACGUCGGACGAGAAGCGCAGGAGCGUGCCCCCCCGACGGCCGAGGAUGGGCUGGAGCUCGACGACCAUGUAGUGGUCACCACCCCCCGGGGAGGAGAUGAGGCCGAGGUGGCCCGGGUGCAUGAUGAGCUCGGGCUUGGGGAGCGGAAGCGCGGAGGCGGUGGUGGCGUGGAGCACGAAGUAGCCCGCGACGAACGAGCGCCAGGCGAACUCCUUAUGGCGGGUUGUGUGGAUGACUGUCGGGCCCGUGGCGCGGCCCUGGUCGACGUGGAGGAGGAGGAGGCCGGUGGGGUCGGCGGCGACGAUGGACGGGUAGUUGUCGGAGGCGGUGCGGCCCGGGAUGUCGGGCCCGCUCGCCCUGUGGCCGUCGCCCGCGCCGCGCCGCCCGCUCGCCCUGUGGCCGUCGCCCGCGCCGCGCGCCGCGCCCUCGCCCUCGCCCGUGGCUGGCCGCGCACCAUGCCGGCCGUGCGCAGCGCCCGCUCGCCCUGUGGCCGUCGCUCGCGCCGCGCCCCGCGCGAGGCCGUGGUCCCGCCCGCCCGCGCCGUGCCUGGGACAACAAGUACGCCGGUGUCCAGGUGCUGCUCUCCAAGGUUCUCCUCGCCGGCGGAGGACGGACGCCUGAGGCACCGGGUCGUUGCUCAGCAGCACGGCCGAGCCCGGCGGCGCGGCCGCGAGGCGGCCUUCGAGCUAUCUGUGCUCUGCGACGAGAUGCACGUAACCUGUUCGAUGUAAUGCACAUG